UGCGGUUAAUAUUUUGUUCUUUUGCUAUUGUCCGAACCGUUAACCGAUGAUCUUGACGGAUUAGCUUCCUCGCGCUUAUUUGUCCAAGUUUUCACGAUUUUUCUUGAAUAUCUUUGGGAAUUAUGUGACGAACAUUACUAUACACAUAUAUAUAUAGAAAAUACAGUUUAGAGUGAACUUGUAAUAGCAGCAAUAGUUGGAUAAAAUUGGUAUAGAUAGAGUAGGGUUAUAACAUUAUGCGGUAGAAGUCUCGCUGUUCCAGGUUUACCACAAGCCUAGCUCAAAAUCAGUCCCACUACUUAAUUGUUUUACUUCAAUAAGGUAGAAGCCAAAAUGCAGGGUUAGAAGCUGAUCUACAGCAGUGAAGGUGAUACCAACGUAUUGUUGGAUGAGAAAGAGGUAGUUUUAGUAGAUUACUUGCGAAAGGGGGCCACAAGUACAGGUACUUUCGUUAGUAUUUUAGUUUCAAAAGGUUGCAUUCGCCAUAUUUUUCAGAGUUAGCCUACAGCAAUUAAAGACUGUUUUCAAAAUAAUACUUGUAUGUUACACGAUUAUCUUAGCCUAGUAAUGACAUUAUUCCAAAGUGUGCAAAGGUCGAACAAUCUUUUUUUCGAAACUACUUAGAAAUGCUAGUGCGGGGAUGGGGAAAUUACGGCCCGCGGGCCAUCUCCGGCCCGCAAAGCGUCGAAAUCCGGCCCGCGACCAGCAAACAAAAGUUAAGUACAAUUUUCUUUUUAUCAGAAAUUACAUUCUCAUGAAUUGGCAGUAAAGGCAGUACACGUCGGGCAUAAAACCCGCAAGUCCGACUGUCGUCGAAUGCACUACCCAUUUGAGCCAACUAUUUUUGAACACCAGCAGCAAAUUGGCCUACGCCCAGAAAAUACUCUCAAUGUUUGGUACAAGCUGUUUGUGCGAACAAACGUUUUCAAUAAUGAAAUUAAGCAGAAAUUGUCUUCGUAAUAGGCUUUCGGAUGACCUCCUUUUUCAUUGUUGAAAAUUUUAGCAUCGCAAAUGUUUUGGCUUAUGAUGAAGUCCUAUAGAAACAAAAAUAGUUCCACAUGUCACAUGUUCCCACAAAGACCAGACCCACAAUUAGUAUUUGAGAAAAAUUAGGGCAAUAUUUUUAUUUUAGUAAAUAAUGUAAUGCAUCAACUUGGCCCGCCAUAUAUUUCGUUAGCAAAAAUUGGCACGGUAAGUUUACUGCUUUCUUACCUAUUAUUACUUAUCAAAUUCAAGAUAAAAUGCUCACAGUAAGUAAAUUCUUCUCUAUUAUCAAUUUAUUUAGCAAUAUUUUCAAGAAAAUCUAUUCACAUAAGCUGCACGAUAUAUUUACUAUAUUUGUGACAUAAAAAUUAUCGUUCGGUUUUUGCCAUUUUUCUCAAAACUUGCUCUUUGGCUUAGUCGAUUUCUUUUUUAUCAGGGCAGUAUAUUGAAAAAUAAAUAAAAAAAUCGUCUCACUUUUGGCGCGAGAGACUACUUAGAGACCGUUUUUUUCUCACUAUUUCUUGGUAAUUCUCAUAAAAAUUGGUUUAUGAAAUGACAUGAAUUGACGUCCAUUGAACCCAAUUGACGCCUAUUGUCAUUCAAUGUUGAUCGAUGUCUAAUAAUGCGAUUGACGUCGAUUGAUGCCGAUUCAAGAUAACUGAGCAACCGAUAUCAGACCCUUUGCUCUGUGAAAAGUCAUUAUUUUCAAAAUAUUCCACUUCUAACCGAGAGAAUUCGGCUCUAGGAUAUAAAACUAGCAAAGAGCGAAUAACAAUAUUAGUUUACGAUCGCGCUACCAGGACUCAUAAAAUACCUCUGAUCGUCAUCGAAGAAUAAAAAAAAACCCAAAUGUUUGAAAAUAUUAGAGCGCUCUAUUAUAAAAAAGCGCAUGGAUGAACUCUGGAAUAUUUGGUUUAGGUAUAUUUAGGUAAUACAGUGGUUGACGCUUUAUAAUUGUUAGAACUAAUAAAAUUUUCUCGUAAAAAUUUAGUCUACUUUUACUUAACCUUAUAAUGACAAUAAACUAUGUAAAAACUUCAACGUGUUAUCUUUUACAACGCGUACCAGUUAUUUUUAAAAAAGAUCAACGUCCUCUAGCCAUGGCGACUAGGAAAUAAAAUACACUUUUGGUGAUUUUAUGUAUAUUUACCUUUUUAUUUGAGAACUGUGCUUUAUUGGAAAACAAAGCAAGCUAUUAUUAUGAUCAAGGUCGUUUCGUGAGUGAAUUACCUCUUUCUAAUUACGAACGUUUGUUUGGAGCAACGUAUGGGCGGAUUUGCAGUUUUCGCUCAUAUAGGAUAAUUUAAACGGAACCUACUUUACGGAAUAAGGUUGAAACGGUACAUUUCUAAAAAAAAAUAAGAGCAACCCUUAGAUUUUAGGCUAAAAGUUCUUGUAGCUAAUUAUUGUUGCAAAUAAUUCAAAUCCAACAUUUGAGCACACUUAUUCAAAAGAUUUUAACAGGGUUCGCAACCUGAAACCCGCGGGUCGCAUGCUGCCCUUUGCAACUUUUUGCUUAGCCAGCCAAAGCACUAAUACAACUUGAGAAAAAAUGGGAAAACUUGAGGAAAAUCGCGAUUUGAUGAAAAGCAGUUUGGAUUAUUUUUUAUCAAUAAUCACAAUAAAUAAUUAUGUUUAAUUUGCUUCAUCACUUCGACACGGAACAAAAGUGAAUAUGAUGAAAUGAUUAGAAGCACAACAAAACGUUUUUAAAAAAUGUAAGGAACAAUGUCCAGCAUUGUUUUCGAAAUGAAUUGCCGAACAUAACAACAAAUCAUUUACGGUUCAUAAAAAAUUGUUGUUGUUGAUGAAAUUCAUCCGGAAAAAUUGUUUAAUAAAUAAAAAAUAAAUCACAAUUUGACUAUUUUUCACUAGCACUUGACUAAAGCAACGAUAUAAGGUUCCAUGUUGGAAUUAGUUCCCUUCUAGAGUCUCUGUUUACAAGUGAAUUAAAGAACUAAAUGUGAAAAUACUACUUAAUGAUCGCCAUUGCUAAAAUUCACGAAAUGCACUACGAAUCGGUUAACUACAUACCAGAUUCGGUCGCUAGCGACUUUUUCCUGUUCCUUACCUUCAAAGUUUCACUUUGAGAAUAGCGAUUUUUAUUUAGAAACUUGCACUCAAAACACAGCAUGUGAAUUACAGCACUAUAGCAUUUCUUGAGUUAAUAAAAGCUUUGCUUUUCGGAAAAAAUACUAUUUAAGCCAAUGCUUAACAUUUAUUCGGACUUUGCUCCAGGAAAAUCAACCAUUGAGAAGUGGUUUGCUGAAGAGGCUGUCAGCGUGGAAAACCUCAAAUAGUCCACAAUAUAAUUUCGGAAAGCCAAAAAGAGAAGCUGAGUAAGUUGACUGAGUCCCUAAAGAUAUGAAAGCAACAUUAUGGACUUAUCGUGCAUGAAUAUUUGGAUACGGGGAAGCUCUGUCUAAAUUAGUCGCCGCGCGAUCUCACAAUCGACUUCUGAGCAAUGUUUGGAGUUGUUCGAUCGUGAUAAACCCUUAUUUUUUCAUUGAUAUAUGUCAAUGGAUGAAACAUUAUUCGUUGUCCAAUCGAUCGUCAGGUUAAGUCCAUUUCAUGUUACGAACCGACUCCAUAGGUUGUGGCAUCAGUUUUUUGGCAUGGCAUAAUAUUCAUCAACAGUCUUGAAGAGGCAAAAAUAAUAAAUAGCGACUAUUAAGUAGCAUUACUGGAGCGUUUGAAGAAUGUAAUCGCGAAAGAACGACCCUAUUUGGAGAAGGAGGAAGUGCGGUAUCAUCAAUAUAAUGCACAAAUCAAUUAAAAGGUGUGAAUUGGACUUCGAAUUGUUCCCGCAUCCACCACAAGGUUGAGGUUAGAAACUUUUCAAACAGCCCUCGUAUUUAUUUCCCCUUCUCAAUAUUCAAAUUUUGCAUUUCUAAUUUUGAAAAAUGGGUGCAGUUCCAAACAUUCACGCCAAAAGUUAAUAUUGACGGAAAAACACAUUUAUUUUUGAAAUACGACGCACGAUAUAUUUUUUUUGAAAUCAUGUUAUUUAUCUAUACCAUGUUUUUUCUUGUUUAUUCAAUAGAUUUUAAAAAUAAAAAGGUUAACGUGCUUUAUAUUAAAUAAGUUCAAAAUACGACUAACACAAAACAAAAUUUGUAUUAAAUGCAGUAUUCAUUGUCUCGGUUUGUUGCACUUGUGAUUUUUUCAACCUUCCCAAAAAAUUUGGUUUUCAUUUUACUAAGUAUACAUAUUUUGAAUCCGUUACAAUAUUGGAGAUCAACAGUGGAAAUUUUUAAAAAGUUUUACGACAUUUGUAACGACCUAAACUACAUAAUUUUCGAUUGAACGGAUUUCAAUUUCACAAAGUGAAAAUACAAAAGAAUGUCAACCAAAUUCAACUAAAUAUUUGACUGUUGUCAAUUUAAAGCUAACUUUUGAAGCCUGCGAAUUUAAUAUUUUAAAAAAAUUUAUGGUACCGCAAUUCACAAUUCGAUAUUUUUCUUUACUCUGUUUCUUAUUUAUAAAAAUUUAUAAGUACAGUACAGCUCAAACUCAGGGCCGGAUUAAGCUAGGGGCUUGGGGGGGCUAUAGCCCCGGGCCCCAGGUCCAAGAAGGCCCCAUCAUUUGGAAAUCAUUCUGUAUUGUUUGAUGUGUUGAUACCACAAAUCUAACGUAUUGAUAUUAUUUUGUGAAUUUUUCCGGGUUUUCGAAUUUUUUAAGGGGGCCCAGUCAUUAUUUUAGCCCCGGGCCUUAUAAAUCUUAAUCCGGCCCUGCUCAAAGUUCAAGCAUUUGUCAUUGAAUUUUCUUUUUAGGUGCUAAUUUCGGUGUAACAGACAAAAAUCGACAAAUAUUAUUUCAAUGGCACUACUUGUAUUGAAAUUUUGGUUUAAUAAGUGCAGAAUCUAACAAUCUCAAUGAAUCUAAUAUUAUAAGACAAAAUACUUUGUUUUGUUAUAUCAUUAAAGUUUGAGUUUAGUGCAAUAGAAUUCUGUAAAAUAUCAAAAUUUUGAUCUCAAAAUAUUCCAAAAGUUCUUAGGAUUGGGAAAAAUCAAUUUCCUGUCAUUUAUUUUAUUGAUUUUUCAUUCGAUUCGAUUUUAUAAUUUUAACAACCUGCUGAAAACAAAAUUUUACGAAAGUGGCAAUUUGAAUCGAUUAUCAAUCAUUGAAUGUCGAAAUUGAGCAGCAAUAUGAAAAACUAUUCUUAAAAAAACGUUAGUUAUUGAAACAGAUCAAAAAUCUAAAACAUUUAAUAAAGAAAAUGUAUAUAUGCGAGGUGGAAGUUUUAAGUACAGAAGAAAAUGUUUGGACCCUGACUUAUUUAGUGCUAAUGUUGUUUUAAUAUCAUACUCGUAUCGGAUUGAGAAAAAAAUUUGCAACACUUCGAAGUUAAUUUUGGAUGCAAUAAAGAUUAUCUGAAUAAAACAGCACAAGUCCUUGGCAAAAGUCAUUAUCAUCAAAUCUUCACACACUCUUUGUUCUCAUUUGAUCUGAAUAAUAAUAAAUCCCCUAAAAUUAUGAACACCAGUUAUAGGAACUGAAAAUUCACCGUCAUUCAUUUAUGAUAGUGACUGCGCAUAAGUAGUAGCGUUUGUAUUUUCACGUAAGUAACCUCUUGCUCAAUUGCAACAUUCCAAUUAGAUAUUUGAGUUGAAAAAAAUAAUUGUUAAAAUUAAUAUUUUUCUUUUGCACCAUCAUAAAUGACUGCUUGAUUUAUUAUAAGAAUAUCAUUACGCUUUCUUAGCUAGAAAAUUCUUAAAUGUAGCUAAUUCAUUUAUUAAUCAAAAAUAAGUUGAUCGUAAAUAAAAAUUAGUUUAAUAAUUGUAUUGAAAUAACUAUAAUAUAAAAUAUAUGAACAUAUUAUAGAAUUCAAUUUAAACAAUUAUUUCACAUGUGUCGGAUAAUAUUUGAAUAUCAAUGAGCACGUGAAAUUUCAAAUUAAUCAACCUCCUAUUGCACAAGUAGACACUUCCACCGUAAAAUCUACAACACAACAGUUACAACGCAACUUUCCAAGUAUAUCCGCCAUGAUGAUUACGGCCCGAUUUUGGGAUUGUCUUUUUCUGUCCUGUACAUAUUUAAUUCGCCAUUCGCUUACUCCACAACUAUUGAGCAUGCCCGAAACGACCAGCGAUUGUUGAAUCGAGCGUUUUCGAUUCGAUAUCAGUCUCAAACAUUAUCACGUAGUAAAAGGAAUAAAACGCGUUAAUCGGGAAAAAGAACAAAUUUAAUUUUUGAUUUUUUAUAUGUACAUGUGAAGUGUAAUCAGUUUGUUGGUUGAUAGUUUAGGUAAUGUUAUUUGUUCGGUUAAAAACAAUUUAAAAGUUGGAUAACAAGUGAAGUGGCUUGAUCUGUCAAUGGCGCUUGAGUAACCUACUUCAUCUGAUAUUGAAGGGAUACAAAUAGUUUAAAAGUGCAAUAAAAGAUUCUGGAUAUUGUGGAAAGUGUUCUUUAUUCUGAACGUUAAUACUGAAGAAUAAAAAGUGUCACAAGGGCACAUUUAAAAAUUUUCUUGGCUGUCCAAGAAAAUUCCUUGAUUAAAUGGUGUUCUCCUGACAGGGUGUAACCUUUCUAACCUCUCAGGAAACCGAAGAAUAAAAGGUUUUUAUCAAGAUUGUGGUACCGAUACCUAUUUAACAAGGAAUAAAAUCCCUUUGAAGUAUUUUUAGACAUUUUACUGACGCUAUGGAGCGUGAAUCCAACCCCAUGCAGGCAUUAUGCCGAUCCGGAUGCGGAUUUUAUGGUAGCCCCGCAACGGAUGGGCUGUGUUCACUAUGUUUCAAGGAGAAUUUGAAAAAAAAACAACAAUUACCUAGCACCCCAGCUAGUCUAAGCGCUCUAAGAGAUACGGCAGCACACCCUACCAUUAGUCAUAUUCCAACCCCGCCAGUAACAGAUCUUCCUACUGAUGUCUCUGAAGAAUGUACGAAUACGGCUUCAGCAGCGGCUAUUGCUGCUGGCAAUGCAGCUGCUGCAGAAACGAUUGCUGCUGAAGCAGCGGCAGCAGCCGCCUCCACCGGUGAUGCGGACACCAGUAACUGUAGUGAAGAUAAAGAUGGUGAUAAAGAUGUCAAGAAAAAGAAAAAUCGGUGUGCCACCUGCCGUAAGAAGGUUGGCUUAACAGGCUUUGAAUGUCGUUGCGGAGGACUGUUUUGUGCCAUCCAUCGAUACAGCGAUAAACACGACUGCAGCUUUAAUUAUAGAGAAAUGGGAGCCCAAGAAAUUCGACGCAACAACCCCGUCGUGGUAGGAGAAAAGAUUCAAAAGAUCUGAGCCCCGCCGCAACGUUAAAUAGAAGUAAAAGGCGUGUGCCAUGCGCCCCAUACCUCUCGGCAAUCAAUUGAGAACGGACUUUUAAAAAAUAUGUAUCAUUGUUCCGAUGGUCGGGGGUGCGAAUAGUGCAAACAAACAAAAAAAGACUAAUGUGAUUUAUUAUUAUACGGUACUUUUAUUUACAAUUUUGCCACUCAAUUUCGUCUUUUAGUUUUAUUUCCAUUUAAUAAAUCUAAAUAUAUAAAUAUAUGUCAUUUUAGCUUCUUUGUUGAUUGUACAUACAUAUUACUGGAGGGAUGCCGGGAUUGUUGUUGAUUAUUGGUUUCGGUUUUGUCUCAAAUUAUUUCAAUCUAAAAUAUCUGUUAAAUGAAUAAUUAAUUUACCAUAAAAAAGUUUGUAAAGAACCAUUCAAGGGGUUACAUCAAUGGCCCAAAUUAGCAAUUUUUGACUUGAAACAAGGUAUAUAACCAUGUUCAAUUGUACUAAUAAGUUAAAUUAAAAGAACCCACGAUUUAUAUGCAUGCAAAUAACAAUAUGUUUUUUAAUUUACUUGGCAUGAUGGACAAGAAAUAUAGCAAAACUAUUAACACAAAUAGAAUUUUUAUUUGUUAUUUAGUGAAUUGAUAACUAUCUCUUUUUCAAUUGAGGUGAUGCAAUUAUUCACAUACCAAAUAUUUUGAGUAUUAAGAGAUAUUUUAAAGGAUUGGAAUCUAAAUUUUGCUACUGUAAAUUGCACUAAAUUAGUAAUUUCAAUAUUUUUCUAUAAUACAGAAUAAUUUAUUUUUAAUGGAGAGUUAUAAAAUAUGGCAUGUAAAUAGAACAAACAAAAAUAUCCACACUAACUUAUAUAAUUUAAUUUUCAACAUAACAUUCCUAAAAAUAAAACAAAGAAGAUUAUUACGGCUGUGCAAAUUACAGUUUAUUUAAAUUACCCAUUUACAUACACAAUAACUUUAUACAAUCCAGUUUUAUAUUUGGGAAUAUAUUCGAACAAAAUGUAUUUUUAUGUACCAUAAGCUGAAGACUAAACUGAAACCAAAAUCUUUGUUCCCUAGCCCACACGAAUUAAUGUUACAGGUCGUCAUGCAACGCCGCGCUCCUUUUACAAGCGAGUUGUGGGACAUCCUGUAUGUAGAUAUUAUUUACCUUUGGUAAGGGACACAUAGUGCCCUGGCUUCUGCAACUCUAAUCCAAUAUUAAUGUAGAAGUUUUUAUUUUUUUUUUAAUUAUGUCCCUGUCAGUCGGAGGUGGUAAAAUAUAGGAUGAAGUUGAAUGAUUUUAAGAAUUCAUAGAAAAAUAUUCCAGUUUUAAUGGUAAUUUAUAUCAAUAAUUAUUUUUAAUAAAAGUAUGGGUACUCCUUGUAAAUGCCAAAUAUAUUAACCUUGCUAAUCUCCAGCUGUGCCUCAUCAAACAUUGACUGCCGCAAUUAAUGAUAAUUAUUGAGGUACCUGAAACAAUUUUAAAUAUCAAAAAGCUUUGCAAAAUAUUCACAGGCUACACCUUUUGAUCUCACUAAAAACUGAAAUUGACAGCUAUAUUAGCUGUUGCUUCAAAAGGUUAUCUAGGUUGAAUUGAAAUUUCUGGAAUCGUUUGUGGUAUUUGUAUUGAACAGUCCACUCACAAUUACAUUGUCUGACAUGUGUUUUGAUAACUAAAGUAUAGUCUUCAGACAAAACUUUAUUAAUUUAGUAAUCAAAACGCGCGUUAGAUAGUGUAAUAAUAGUGUGUUUAGUAUUAUCUAGAAAAUUUUGAAUGCAUUCAUUAUUACUUGUUGACAAUUUCUUUAUCUCUUAUCCUACUUUUUCCAAUUCUAUCUUCAAUGUAGCUGUUGAUUACAAUUUUAUCAGGAAAUUAAUUCGUUAUUAUUAAAAAGAGCUCAAAUUUCUAUUACGCCCUUUCUUGAUGUAUAAAUGAUUGUAACAUAUUUGGCUGUUUUGUAUUCCACAUACAUUUCAAAAUGAUGUACACUAUCAUUUUGUGACAUACUUCUGGAGUUUAUUUUUUUCAUGAGUUUUCCUGUUGCAUUGUUAUAGUUCGAAUAAAUAAUCGUGUUAAGUUAAUUUUUACAAUGUCUACAACUAGGAAAUAUUGAAGUUGUUUCUAAUAAAUAUUUGCAAAAUUCAUCGAAUAAAUUAGAAUUGUUGCCAUUUUAGUCUUAAUAAAUAUGAAAAUAUCUAAUUGACAAAAUAAUUCAAUUUUUUGGACGAAAUUUUUAAAUAUAACUGAAAUUAUAAAUGACCUGCGCUUUGUAAAAUGCGGCUGUUACUAAAAUAUUUGGUUCAAUUUUUUCUUGUUGACUGAGUUUGACUGCCUCCGACUGGAGGGAAUAUUUAAAGGAACCAGGUUAAAAUUUAGUUUUUGUUGAGCAAGUUUAUUUUAAUGUGCAAAUAUAGGCAAAGUCUCUGAGGAGUUGAUAUUGCAGGUAAGCAAAAUCAUUCGGUGGUUGGUGGAAAUUUGAAUUACCAAAAAUGUAAAAUAUAAAACUUUUUUGUAUCGAACACCAUUGAAAAGUAAAUGUGAAGGUAAUUUGAUAUUGUUUUUCUUUCAAAUUCUGCUUUUUUACUAUCACUUUUCUAUCAUUGUAAAAAGACCAAGAGCUUGUAAAACUAUUAUUUAAGACAAUUUGAACUUCUCAGUUUUUAUCAAUAAUUGUAGUAAAUAUUGAAUAUAUCUGUUACACUGUUUAAUAA